AUGGCUCAUGCAAGGGAGCCGCAUGGCUUUGGUUGUAUGCAAUAUGUAGAGCCUACUGAUGCUACUGAAGGCAAAUACCAGAUGGAUAACACAACAUGUGAAUGCAAGGGAGCAUCAACAACAGCUGCAAAUGCAGCAAUUGCAACUUAUGCAGCAACGCAAUACUCAGUUGCAAAAAAGGAUCCUAAUCAUCCUUCACUUGGUGGUCCUAUGAAUGCUAUGAACUCUGAAGGAAUGAUGGGGCAGCCAUCAGCCAGUGUAUUGGCCAUGAAAAUGUACGAGGAGCAUAUGAAACAUCCUCAUUCAAUGGAUUCAGAGACAUCUCCAGUUCUAAUGGAUGCCAAUAGGAUGGCCCUUAUCAAGUCAGCAACUAAUCAUCAAGGUUAUAGAAUUCAAAAUCUGCACGAGCAAGUUCUGGGAAAAAACAAAAAAAGAAGAAGACUUCUCUCUCCUUGUGUUUGUGUGCCCAUUCAGUAAGUGCUCGACAGUGAUACAUCAGAGCGACCUUGUCUUGCAUUAAGGAUUAUGUACUAGAGGAAGAUUUGGGAAUUGAGGAACCAACACAUUUGGAAGCUCUACUAGACGGGUUCGUGGAUCCCGAGGUGAACGUCUAGAGUUAUAGUUUAUUUUUGUGCUAAACUAGGAAAUUUAUUUACGAUCAUGUAUAAUAUAAUUUUUUGUUUAUUCCGCUCCUAAGUUUAUGGAUGAAUUAUUUAGUUGUUCUCAUGAUGUAAAUAAUUUUUAAUUUGUAAUACCGUCCAGGAUGGGUUUUAGGGCGUUCGUAGGGCCAUAUGUUUGAUUUGCUGCACUGUUAAAAUUAAUUUUAUUCUUUCUUUGGUAGCAUUUAUUUUGGGAACAUAUGUUUGAAUUGUAGUGGAACUCUUUGUCCAAAGAA